AGAAACACACGUUCACGAGUCUCACUCUUUGCACGAUCAUUGCGGCCGUCAUUCUCCAGUGAGCUGUCGUAUGAAUCGGGGCAUGUCUCUGCACUUGUUUGUGGUCGCCUGUCAUUUCAUUCUGCCGUAGAAUUUUGAAUAGAAUCAACCCACAAAUACGUCAAUUUGCCUUGAGAAAUGGCUGCCAAUGGAAGCCCCAUGGCUGUGUUCGUGUGCUUGUUUUAUAUCAUCUUCUUUGUUUUACACGCUGUCCAAGUGGAAGUGGAGGCGAAGGUGACCGAUCCGCACAGGGAACCCUCGAAGUGUGAAGUUUGUAAGUUUGUAGCCAACGAGCUUCAGGAGACCAUGGAGGAUACGGGGAAAACUUCUGACGUCCUCCAUCUUGGGCAUCGCAUAGAUCAACCAAAGAGAGAAAUCAAAUACAGGCACUCAGAGCUGAGAUUACUGGAGACUCUGGAUGAGGUCUGCCCCAAGAUCCUUCAAUACAAUAUUCAUGCUGAGAGACAGAACUCAAGAAGGUUUUCCAAGGGUAUGAGUGAAACCAUGGGAACACUUCAUGGCCUCGUUGAUAAAGGGGUCAAAGUUGAACUUGGCAUACCUUAUCAGAUGUGGGAUGAGCCUUCUGCUGCGGUUACUAAAAUGAAACAAUAUUGUGAUACGAUGGUAGAGCAGUUUGAGGAGUCAAUAGAGAACUGGUUCUUUAAGACCAAUCAGGAGAAGAGAUUGUCAGAGUAUCUCUGUCGAGAAAGAGUACUAUCAAAAGAAGACUUGGAAUGUCUGGACGAAGAAUGGACAGGGGCUGAGAAAGUAGACUACAACAAAGAGGCCGAGGAGGAAAGGGAGGAGGAAGAAAGGGAGGAAAAGCUGAAGAAAGAACGGAAGAAGAAGAAGCGGCAGGAGAAAGCGGCGAGGGAGAAGGCCGCCAGGAAAGCGAAAGGAGUGCGGAAGGGCGAGGAGGAGGACGAGCUGGAGGACGACGACGAGGCGUGGGAGCGAAAGAGACAGAUGAGGAAGGAGCAGAUGAGACAGAAGGCCAGGGAGAAGAAAUCUCGAGAGGAGAUACGACGGGAGAUGGAGGAGGAAAAACUCAGGAGGAGGAAAAGGAAGAAUGAUGAAUUAUGAGGGAGGGGAGAUCAUUGGGGAGCAUUUCAUGGAACAUAUAGUCAAUGAUUUUUACUGACUAUUGUUAUAAGCUAUGAGAAAUCCUUGCAUCUGAUUGGCUGGAAGCUAAUAAGUUGGUGAAAAUCACUGACAAGACUUUUCAUGAAACACUCCCCAAAAUUUCCUUUUGCAAACCAUGGAUUAUUACUAAUAUUAUCUGUUAUCAUAAUGCAAGGUUUUAGCCUGUAAAAAAAUCUAAAUAACUUGAAAGGAAUCGAGUUCAAUGUAAAAGGGGGCUGUCAUUUUAUUGUACUUUCUGAAAUUAUUCUUGCCAUUAAGGAAGACUGGCUGUACAUGUGCUCAUUGGGAAAAAUGGUAUACUCAAUGAAUGUUCAAUGAAGGAAUUUUAAUAGUUCACUUCAUAUUGCAUACAAAUCAUAUCAUGAGAUUUUGGAAGAAAACAUUUGCAAUUCACAACUUUUAAAUGUGUUUUCACUGGUAUACAUUGACUGUCAACUUUCUACAGUACAUUCAGUAAAACCCCUGAAUACAUACGGCAAUGUAUUUUAUUAUCAUUCUGAAAUGGAUACAUUAAUUCAAUAAUGUUAAACAAACUAUUCCUGGUGUGGAUUACACCUUGUGUAUGAUAAAUGUUUAUUUCUGCAAGUACACUCUAUGCACAGGUAAUAGCACCUGAACAAACUGUGUAUGUAUGUCUGCGCUCAUUAUCUGAACUGUAUAAUUGGAUACGUGUUGUCUGGAGUUUGUUGCAACUAGUUUACACCUCUUAGAUAUGCAUUCCAUAGUAUUUUGAAGUACUUUGUGUUCAAUGUAUACAUCCGAACUAGAAGCAAAGGAUUUUUUAUUGAAUUUAAUUUGUUUCGAUCAUUUCAAUUCAAAUAAAAGAAGGGAAAGGCAUUUCCCUUUUUUUCAGUUGGAUGUGAAUACAUAGCAUUUCCCUUUUUUUCAGUUGGAUGUGAAUACAUAGCUGUUAUGGGUUAUGGGUGAAACUUUCUUUACAUACAGUCAGAACAGACACUGAGCUCACAUCGUGUUUCUGUUAUCAAUUUCUGUCAUUUCCAUUUCAAGGCACUUUAGUAGUAUCAGGUGUGUGUAUUGCAUUUUGUAGAAAUGGUGGUAAAUUUUUCUAUAUCUUUGCAAAAUCUGUUAUUGUCAGGGUCAAUGUCAAACUGUAUAAUGUCUUAGGUUAUAUAUUUUAUUGCCUUGAAAAUGCUUGUAUAUUUUGUUGCAUACUUUGUAAAGAUUGUUUUUGUAUGCAGUGUAUAGAAUGUAUUUUAAGUCAAUGUUUUCUUCUUUUCCUCUCCUUCCUUCCUUCCUUCCUCCUCCUUCUCCUUCUUUUCCUCCUCUUUUCCUCUUCUUUCUCAUCCUCUUUUCCUCCUCCAUCUCCCCCCCUUCUUUUCUUCUUCUACUUCUCUUUCUCGUUCUCCUUCUCCUCCUCCUUAAUCUCCCUCUUCACUCCGGUAGACUCUUGUAAGAUGCACAAAAACAACAUUUUGUGAGCUACUUGUAGCAUAUAUGUGAAACAGAAACACUCGUGUUUUACAAGUUUCUUUCAUGCCAAAAUAGCAUGUUGAUAUUCUGUUUGUAUUUCAUUGCUAUGUUGAUGAACCAGUCUUGGUAGUGUGUUUGUGUCCUCUUCGUUAGUCGAUAAAAUUACUAACAACUCUGAUUUGAAGGUGCUAUUCUAAAUUGGGUUUCAUGCUGUCUAGAUGUAGUAGAAUAUAUAUGCACCUGAUGUUGGUCUCUGUGUUCACUGCAAAAACACUGGUGUUGAUUUAACACCAGCCCGGAAUCUAUAUAUGUCCACACCAGAGAAGUGUUAAACUACACCAGUUUGGUUUUGGUCUAACACCAGAUAGGUGUUUAUACAACACCAAUUAGUAUUAAAACAGCAUGGGUUUGAUUCCAAAUCGGUGUUGUUUCAAUACUCUGGUGUGGACAUAUAUAGAUUUUGGGCUGGUGUUAAAUCAACACCGGAGUUUUUGCAGUGUAUAGUCUUAUCACACUGUGCCUUUGCCCGCCGAGUGUUUCCUCAUGCACAUACAGUCGUAAAAUUGAAAACUUGUAUGGUAUCCUUUAAAGAUCAAGAUUGUGUGGUACUGAAUUUAAAUUUGUGACGCUGUGUUGAUAUUUGUUUCGUAGUUGAAAUUGUGACAAUGUAUAUAAUCAUUUUGACAGAAAACAAAGAAGCGAUGUGUUACAUGUAUCACACAAUCUACUCUGCAUUCAUCAUAAUUUGUAUAGGUUAAAUUUUCAAUAGUUUUUCAACACUUAUAGCUAGGGUGUUGUAUUUCUCGAACUUUUCUCUUUUUAUUUUUACAUCUUGAAGUUGAUGUAAACAGACAAUACUAUACUGUGAUGAUUAUCUAAAUGGAAAAGCAUUUUACUUUGUUUGGACUCGCUGUACACUGAACUACAUGUCAUGUAUAUCAUUUUUUUGAAAAAAAAUCAUUCAGUAUUAAUGAAAGUCUGUCUACCAGAAAAAUAAGGUAUUGAAAUUUCUAGAUUAUUAAUUUUCUUACAUAAUGAAGCAUUACAGAUGUGAAGAGCAGUGUUAUAUAAAUUAAUGUAUGUUCAGGAACAUGUUGUUGAAAUUGUGUUAUCUCUCUUUAUAAGACAAUAACGAGGGAAAAUUGUAAUGAUCAUUGGAAAAUGUGUGCCUUGCUGAAUUAAAUGCUAAUGAGAAUUUAU